GGUUCUGCCUAUUCUUUUCGAGAACGCCAAGUUUUGGGAUUGCAUGGUCUUCUGCCCCCAGCGAUUUUAACUCAAAAUGAGCAAGUUCAAAGCGUGCUCACUAAUUUAUACCAACUGGAUGACGAUCUGGGACGUUAUAACACGAUGAUGUCCCUCCAAGACCGGAACGAAAAACUUUUUUACAAGACAGUUACAUCCCACUUGGAGUAUACACUGCCUUUGAUAUACACUCCAACGGUUGGCAAGGCCUGUCUGAAUUAUGGAAUGAUUCUGCGACGACCCCGGGGCGUUUACAUCACCCACCACGACAAGGGACAUGUGCGCAGUAUUCUGCGUAACUGGCCUGAGAAAUACGUCAAGGCUGUUGUCUUGACUGAUGGAGAGCGGAUUCUGGGGCUUGGAGACUUGGGUGCACAUGGAAUGGGCAUCCCUAUUGGCAAAUUGGUUCUUUAUACUGCCCUUGGAGGAGUUCAUCCUCGCUUCUGUCUUCCCAUGACAAUCGACGUUGGGACAAACAAUGCUGAACUUCUUGAGGUAAAUUCGCCUCGCUUGUUAUGGUGCAGUAUCUCUCACUAA